AAUCACUAUCAUCUUUCUUUGUUUAGAAUGGAAAUUAUGCCAGUAGAAACUAAAAAACGAAUUCAUGAGUUUUCUUAUGCAUAGAAAGUGUCUAAUUAAAUUUCUCCUGAUAAAUCACAGAUAAAACUUAAUGAAACAUUAUUUAAAGCAAAAAUACUGGAAAAAUAAUCUUGUACAUUAAUCAAGGAUAUUUAAAAAGACCUUUUAAUGAAAAUUAAGAAAUACGAUUCGAUGCUAAAAAAAAACAGCACAUUUAAAAAUAUAUCAAAUUCUUAACCAACUUCUCCACCGUUAAAAAAUAAUUAAGAGAAGAAUUUAGAAGUUACUUUACAGAAAAAUCAAAUCAAACAUAUAGGAGAAAAAAUGUUAACUGAAUUUGUUCAUUAAAAGAGCCCAAAUCAUUUUCAUCGAGAAUCUCUUCCUGUAUAUAAACUUGAAGAAAAAUUAUUAAAUUUCACAAAAGAAAAGGAUUUAUUUUCUUCAUAGGAUAUUUCUCCUAUCAAAUAAGAAUAAAAUAUUAAUGAAAUUUGUAUUAGAAGAAACAACACAUAAAAUGCAACGCCGAAAUAAAAAAAAUCAACUGUUAAAGAAUUUUUUGCUAGCUAAGCAAAAUUACAUGUAAGUAAAUCAACCUCAGCAAAUAAAAAUAAUUUAUUUGAAUCGAAUAAUUAAGUUUAAUCUUCAAAAGAAGCAUAAUAAAUAAAAAAAAAUGAUAUUAAAAGAGUUUAAUCAAGUAAUAAAAAAUCUCAUGAAAUUACAGAUUAUACAAUCAAGCCAAAACAUAAGGAUGCAGAAAAUAAUAUUAAAAAUAGAAUUAAAAAAGAUACAAAGUAGAGAUAGAGUAUUGAUCUUAGCGUCAAUACAGAUUUAAAGGAUAUAAUUCACAUCAUUAAUGAUUUAGAUUUAUGCAGUAAUCGAUUUAAAAAGAAGUAAUGA